AUGGCGAGUCUCAUGGCGGAGGACGGUCAAGAUGGCUUCGGAGGGCUUUUUGACGGCGCGAGCACAAGCGACGACGACGACUCUGGAGGAGAAGAAGCGGGCCCGGCGCUAGUGGAAGAGAUAUACACCCGAACACCGCCGACGGGAUCGGCGGGGGGGAGGGGCGCACUGCCGCCGCGGCCGUCGACCCUCAGACUUUCCCUAGUUAACUCUCGCCACAGCCUGUGGGGGCACCGCUUGUGGAACGCCGCUCUCCUUCUCGCAGGUAUGUAUGCAGACAUAGCAUACAUCGGGGGCUGUAGGUGCACAACGGUUAGCCCCCACACUGAAGAACCUCUUGUGUUGGCCACGCUGUGGUUCUUAGUUCCUACAUUGUGCUAGAAAUGGCCGGUAGAUAGGUUUAAGUGCAGGGGUUCUUGACCGGACUCACAAGUGACUGGUGCUCAGGUUCUCAUGUUUUGAGUUCUUCGAUGCUACAGCAGUACAUCAGUUCUGAACUGUCAAGUGCUGGAGUGCAGGUGCUAACUGCUGUAGACGUUGUGCCUGAGCACACAAGUUCCACCUCGGAGCCGGCUGUUGGAACCUCAACUGCUGCACCACCCCUGUGCUGCGACAUCCAACGGCUACUGCAUAACAGAGGGCUUUAGUUUUGGCCUUGGUAUUGGGAUUCCGCGUGCUGCGCAGGAUCCCGAGCACACCGAUCCUUGUGUUCUCCUCGUGCGCCAGGAUCGACUAAAUGGCGCGGGCGCGUUGCGUGCAGCUCUCACCAACAUCACCCUGAUCAACUCAAACGUACAAUUUAACACCGCGAAAGUACUGAACACUUGCCCCGCACGAUCGUCCGUCUUCGUCUCGUCCGCCUGCCGACCGAUGCGCG